GCGGCCCGCCAGCUCGGAGCCGGUCGCCUCUAGCACACGCCGCUCGGUCCCGGGCGGAUCAGGGACAGACUCCCAGCCCCGUAAAUAGAGUCCAAGUGGGCGGGGAACCGCCCCGCGCCGCCGGCUCAUGUCUCUAAGGAGCCAACUGUCCGGCCGCCUGGCACAGCUGCGCGCGGCGGGGCAGCUGCUCUGCGUCCCGCGCCCCUGGGCCGGCCCCUCGGCGGGUGCCACGCGAACCCGCAGCAGUGCGUCCGGCCCCCCGGUGUCCCAGGGCGCGGACAGGCCCCGCGCGCGGACCCCAGCGGGAGUUGGGGCUUGGGGGGCGGCGGCAGUGGGGGAGAGGAGCGCCGGGGUGCGCACCUGGGCCCCCCUGGCCAUGGCGGCGAAGGUGGACCUGAGCACCUCCACCGACUGGAAGGAGGCAAAAUCAUUUCUGAAGGGCCUGAGUGACAAGCAGCGGGAGGAACAUUACUUCUGCAGGGACUUCAUCAGGCUGAAGAAGAUCCCGACCUGGAAAGAGACGGCAAAAGGGGUGACCGCGAAGGUGGAGGAGCCGAAGUACAAGAAGGAUAAGCAGCUCAACGAGAAGAUCUCCCUGUUCCGAGGUGACAUCACCAAGCUGGAGGUGGACGCCAUCGUCAACGCCGCCAACAGCUCCCUGCUUGGAGGCGGUGGUGUGGACGGCUGCAUCCACCGCGCCGCGGGACCCCUGCUCACCGACGAGUGCCGGACCCUGCAGAGCUGCGACACCGGCAAGGCCAAGAUCACCGGCGGCUACCGGCUGCCGGCCAAGUAUGUCAUCCACACGGUGGGACCCAUCGCCCACGGAGAGCCCAGCGCCAGCCAGGCGGCCGAGCUCCGCAGCUGCUACCUGAGCAGCCUCGAUCUGCUGCUGGAGCAUCGGCUCCGCUCCGCGGCAUUCCCCUGCAUCUCCACCGGCGUGUUUGGGUCUAUGGGCCCCUCCAGAGCAAGGCAGGUGAAAACCUGCGGUAAGACCACACAGCCAGGGUGUGGGCGGCCCCCCGCCCAGGCUAAGCAGACCCUGGCGCAGGUGGACCGACUCAUCAUCUGUGUGUUCCUGGAGAAGGACGAAAGCAUCUACCUGCAGCGGCUCCCCCACUACUUCCCAGUGGCCUGACGGCACCCACCGCCCACCCUGCCCAGGACUGACUCGCCUGGGCCUACUGGACCUCACUCCCAGCUCUAAGAGGUCCCCGAAGCCUGCAGCUGGGCCUGGGCCCCCAGUUCUUCCCCUCAGCCCCCCAGGAGCCUCCUAAUAAAGACCACCCUUGCUGCGGCGGCUA